AUGGCAUCAUCUCGUCAGCAGUCGUUCAGACACAGUGGGGGUCCAUCUCCUCAGGAUUUUGAUCAUUUCUUCCCAUGGGCGUGUUCUCAACUUGGGGUCGAUGCCACCAUCAUCGUCUUCAAAGGUCACCAGUCUCAAUAUCAUAGCGUGUCAGGCAGAGAAUCAAAGUCUAAACCAAAAGGCAAACCUAAGCCACAUCUAGAUUCAGCCACAGAUUUAGACGAUACGUCAGACGAGCUGUCUCCUAUACUGGAGAAAGCAAUGAUCUUAUCCAUCAGACCGGUCUAUGUUCAAACAAUAUAUGAUGAAUAUAUGGAGCUAGUACAGAUAAAGUUUCUUAAAAAUUAUUAUAUACCGAGAGCGGUCAUGACUGUCCUUGCUCUUAUGCUUCCAUACCAUAAAACACUGUCUUCGAUUGUAUUCAAUAGUGGAGUAAAUGCGGAAGUAAUGUAUGAGAUAUCACAGUUCUUACCAACAUCUCACAUCACGGAAUUGUGUCUUGAUUACACUUUCGUGCCUGAAGGGAACUACUACUUACUCUUAAAUAAUGAGGUUUUGAAACAUCUAUCUGUAGCAAAAUGUAAAAUUAAUGAUGAUAUAGUGAAAUAUAUUGCUGAAAAGUUAACUACUCCUUGUCCAGCUUCAAAAACGCUGUCAGCAUUGAACUUGUCGACUAACAAAAUAACAGAUAUUGGUGUAAAAUAUUUGGCAGAAAUGCUUCGAUCUAACAGACGUCUCUGCUACUUAAACUUAGCAGAUAACAUGAUUACCGAUGAUGGAGCAAACAGCCUUUUUGACACAUUACUAGAGUUCACUUUAACUGACAAAGAAACUUUCGAAAGAAAUAAGAGACUUAUGACUUACUUAAGAGCUAAAGCCGACUUAAUUCAGAAAACUCUAAAAGAACUACAAUCUGGGGAUUUCGACAGAAAGAGUGCUCAAAGGAAAAAGGUAGUCAAGCAGACAUUGCCGACAAAAAAGAAAACGCUUGAUAAAGAUCCGUCUGGAACAGCUGCCAAAAGCUUUCCUAACGUGGAGACGCAUUUUUUUGAGAGAGCUGAGCUCGCGGCUGAGACUAUGCUCGGACCCUUCAAAGAUCCCUUCUGUUUAGAAAGCACUGUGAGGAGAGAUGAUAAACUAUACUGCUUUGGCAAUAAUACUCUAGCUUAUUUGAACUUAGCUUACAACAAUAUCACGUACAGUAGCCUUAAGAAGUUGUGUGAAGUUGUGACAACACAGAACGUUUUAGGAAGAAAGCCUAAAGGUUUAGUCAAUUUGAGACUGGAAGGUAAUUAUUUGCCUAAAUCAUGUCCCGAAUUAUCUCAAAUUGACAAAAUACUGAAGGCUGAGUUGCCCAUUCUGAAGAGAAAUUCAGAAAUUUCCAAAAGGAGAACCAGUACCAGAAGAUAA